GCUGAUUACAACAAGAUGAAGGCAAUCAUAGAUACUAUAGAAUGCCAACGUGAUUCUCCAAGAUUCAGGCAAGUCCUGGAUGAAAAUGAGAAGGACCUGGACAGCCUUGAGGUGAAGCUGGAGAAGGUGGUCAAGCAGUGUAACCAGAUGGUAUCAGCUGGGAAGCAGUUCAACCAUGAGCAAGAGCAGCUGAUUCACACCCUAUGGGAUCUAGCAGGUUACUUUGGCAAUGACACUGCUGUACAGUCUGCCUUAAACCGCAUGCUUGCUGCCUUGGGAGAAGCAGCAAAGUAUCAUGCCAUCUUGGUAGACCAAGCUGCUAGAGCCAUUACAAAAAACUUGGCUAACUUUAUCAAGAAUGAGUUACGGAGUGUGAAGGACCUGCGACAUUACUUCGAGAAAGUAAGUGGCGAAUUGGACACUGUUCUCCAGCGUGCCUCUGGGGUGUCCCGGACACGUACACAUGAGGCAGAUGACAUGAAAAAUCUUGUAAUAGCCACACGUAGAGCUUUUCGUCAUACAACUGUAGAUUACGUCCAUGCUAUCUCUAUAGCUCAAGGCAAGAAGAGGCAUGAGGUUAUAGAUGCGCUGUUGUCAUAUCUGAAGGCCUACAAUACCUUCUAUCAUCAGGGAACUGAUUUAUGUGAUGACCUGAAACCUUCAUUGGAUACUAUAAGUCAAGAGGUAAGUACAAUGAGACAAGAAGUGAGCGACUUGGAAAAGAGCCUGGAGAACCGUCACACAGAUGUCACAGAUAAAGACCUGGUGCUGUCAGUUGACCAGAUGGAUACCUGUCAACCGGUGAACAUGCACGGGUACCUGUUUAAGCGAACCACAAAUGCCUUCAAGACCUGGAAUCGACGUUACUUCACGUUACAGAACAACCAGCUUGUGUACCGGAAACGAUCAGGAGUUGGAAAAUCAAUCAGGAACUCAGGAGGAGGUAUUCUGCUCAAUAGUCGUUUCUCACGUGUGCACGGAGGGGAGGAAGUGACUGUCAUGGAGGAGGACUUGCGACUGUGCACAGUUAAGCCUGCUGUUGAAGUAGACCGUCGGUUUUGCUUUGAGGUCGUUUCACCAACAAAGUGUCACAUGUUGCAAGCUGAGAGUGAAGAGAGCUAUGACUCCUGGAUCAGUGCACUACAGCGGGGCAUUGGCCAGGCCCUCCAGCUGGGUCAGCAUGACAAAAUUACCAACUCAACUCCAGAUUCCUCUCCAUACCCCCAAAAAGGAUCCCAAGGCACCAACACACCAGGGGACUCUCCAGCCUCCUCAUCUCCUGCAACCACGCCCCAGGCACCCACGGCAAACAAGGCUAUGUUAUGGCAGGAAAUAAUGAGGAUUCCUGGAAAUGACGCUUGUUGUGACUGUGGGGCUUCUAACCCAAAAUGGGCAUCAAUCAAUUUAGGAAUAACUCUGUGUAUUGAGUGUUCGGGGAUUCACCGCAGCCUUGGGGUACAUUACUCAAAAGUGCGGUCACUCACGUUAGAUGCUUGGGAGCCUGAAGUGAUAAAAGUGAUGAUAGAACUAGGUAAUACAGUCAUCAAUCAAAUAUACCUAGCCACAUAUGCACCAGGAGGAGAAACUGGUCCACCUUUUGCUGCAAAGCCAGACAGUAUAAGGUCGGUGCGUGAAGAAUGGGUGAAAGCAAAGUACGUUGAGCGGAAGUUCGUGAAACCACUUCCUUUGGCUUCCUCUGGCUCCACAUACUCACUUCCAGCUCCAAAGUCUCAGUUGCCCAGUAAGAAAUCAUGGAGCAUUCCAAGAAAGAGGCGUCGCAACAAGAGAAGGAGUAUCGGAAGUUCAACCCCAAGCAAGGGGUCCAGUGCUUCUAGUCAACAAGAUCAAACGUCUACCCAAGAAGAAUCUCAAACCAUUACUCAGUCUAAGUCUUUGCCCACAACCCCAGCAGGCGAGACACCUUCUCCAGGGGAAGUCCUGCUUCUUGAUGUAGACAUACCUUGCACCCAUCGAGACUCAGUGGAAUUCCAGGAUCUCUCAGUCUUAAGUGAUGACAAUUCAACAGAUGGAGAAGAUGCAGAUGGACAUGCCCCAGAGGAAGCUUUUGCAAACUUAACCCCAGACAUGCUGCUGUUCCGAGCAUGUGAAGUACACAACUUGCCAAUGAUGAGCCACAGCCUGGCCUUAGGUGCAAACAAGAACUGGCACAACGCAGAUGAGCGUGGACGGACACCUAUGCACCAGGCAGUCAAGAGU